UCGGCAGCGUACGGACGUAAUUUGAGCUUGCGUUAUAGCGCUAUUAGUCUGAAAAAGGGUUGACAAAAGAAUAAAACGAUGAAACUAAAAAAAAUCAAAAAUCAAAAAUUCUCUCCAAAUUUUGGUUAAACGCUGAGUCUAAAAGUGCAAAAAAAGCUAUUAAAAGCAAGAAAACUUCAUUAGAAAAUCCAAAACAACUGUGCAAAAUAUAUAAUGUUAAUGCUGAACUAAAAAAAUAAACAGAUUGUGUGAAAACAGGUAACUCUUAGCCUUCGAGUCAUAGCUAAAAUUAAAGAGAUUCGGGAUAGUGAACGAGCAAAAAGGAUUAUUUUUCUACAAGGAACAGCGGGACCAUAAAAAUGGUUAACUUGAACUGCCGUAUGACGGAGGAGGCCAGAGAACAAAGGCGCAUCAAUGAUGAAAUUGAAAGGCAGUUGCGCAUGGACAAGAGAAAUUCGCGCCGUGAGCUUAAACUUUUGAUACUGGGACCGGGCGAGUCCGGCAAGUCAACAUUCAUCAAGCAGAUGCGUAUCAUCCAUGCCAAAGGCUUCUCACCCAAUGAAGUACGUGGGUAUAUAAAGCUGGUUUACCAGAACAUCUUCAUGGCCAUGCAGUCCAUGAUCAAGGCCAUGGACAAGCUGGAUAUUUCCUAUGCUCACGAAGAUCAUAUCAAACUGGCCGAUCUGGUAAUGAGCAUCCCUUAUGAGAAGGUUGAAACGUUUGAGGAUCCGUACGUGAGUGCCAUUAAAAGGCUUUGGGGCGAUGCUGGCAUCCAGAAGUGCUACGAUCGUCGUAGUGAAUACCAGCUGACUGAUUCAACUGAAUACUUUUUGAACGACAUAGCUCGAAUUGAAAAUGUUUCUUACUUGCCAACCGAGCAGGAUAUUCUUCGUGUCCGAGUGGCGACAGUAGAAAUUCUUGAGUAUCAGUUCAAUUUGGAUGGCUUAAUGAUAAGAAUGUAUGACGUCGCAGGACAGCGAUCGCAGAGAAAUAAGUGGAUUCAUUGUUUUUCGGAUGUGACAUCAAUUAUAUUUCUAGCAGCGCUAUCGGAAUUCGAUCAAAUGCUUGCUGAAGAUGAUAGUGUUAAUCGAAUGAAGGAAUCAAAAGCUUUGUUUGACACGAUAGUUAAAUACAAAUGGUUCCUAAAAACGCCAGUUAUUCUUUUCCUAAACAAGAAGGACUUGUUCGAGCAGAAAAUAAUGACUAAGGAUUUGGUGGACUAUUUUCCUGAAUACGAUGGUCCAAAGAAAGACGCAAUUGCGGCCAGAAGUUUCAUACUGGAAAUGUUUGAAAGUGUAAAAAUUGAUGAAGAUGAAAAAAUUUAUUCUCAUUUUACCUGUGCUACAAAUAAGGAAAAUAUAAGUUUUGUGUUUGCUGCCGUCAAGGACACAAUUGUGCAAAUGCACCUAAGCGAUAUAAAUUUGGACUAAUAAUAAUAAUAAUGAAUAAUUGAUUUUUGGUUCCCAGUUAGUGUUAGUGAAAAAUCCACAAGUCCACAAAACAUUUUUAAAAGUAUGUUGAAGACGUUUCCCAUGGUUCGACGUUACAAAACUGUUAUUUAUUUCAAACUUAUGAUUUACAUAUACAAACGAUUAAAAUUAACACGUUUCACAAA